AUGAACCCAACUGAUAUUAGUGAUCCCAGUAUGGACGAACUCUUGCUUCAAGGGUUUUACCAAUACCCAAAUAGCAUAGGAUAUUAUACGUAUCUUCUUUCUUUGCCGAUCAACGAUAACGAGGCCGAGUCGAAUGCUAUGUUACAAGACCCAGAUGACGUAGUCUCUCAGGACGUCAAUGACUUUUCCCGACAAGAAGAAAUGAGCGCUUCCAAUAGAGCUGAUGAGCUGUUUGAUGGCUUUUCUGGCCCAAACCUCCCAAACCUCUAUUUUCCAGAUUCGUAUGUUUGUCAAGCUGAGCCAUUGCCAAAUUCAGAUCCAAAGGCUGAGCUAAACCAUGAUAAUAAUUCAGGAAUGACCACUCUGUACCUAGAAAACGAACACCUUACCUCGUUUCGAUUGAGCGAGUUUAAUCUCAAUGGCACCAGUAAUGGAUUUGUCUAUUUUAGACGUCUCUUCAAUGAAGCUCUAAUACGAGACGGAAAUGACAUGCACAGCGAUCAGGUUCGGGUUUCUAAAGUCGCUGGUGCAGCCUGGCAAUCUACAACCGCCGCCAUAAAGCAAAUAUAUAACGAUUUCAAUAGAAAUUUGAGGUCGUCUUCGAGCGCGGUGGACCCAUCGCGCAAUGUAACUUGUCCCCACUGUCAUAACCCCUUUGUAAUUGUUCUGUCCGACCUGCCUAAGCCGAAGCAACGGAAGCCACAACGAAAGCAGCGACGACGGCCACGGGGGCAAAACACCUGA